AUGGAAGAAGAUGCAUCAUGGAUUUCUGGCGAUCUUCGAAGGCGAACCAGAGUCUUUAACAACAACCAGGAGAAGCUGCUGUUCUUCUUGUCAGAGGAGGUAACAAGAACACCUGCAGUCUUUGAGCAGGCUCAAAAGAACCGGGAUGCACAUCAAAAGCGGCUCAACGAGAUGCUGGAAGAGACGCUGCGGCAAAUCAAGAAAUGCCGGGCUCACAUGCAGCAGAAGAAGAAGCACGUCAUGGACACCACGAAAUCCUACACGGCAAAGUUCGAUCAUGAGCUUGCUGGCGCACGGCGAGGUCUACGCCGUGAUUUGACCCAGGCUUUUGCCAAGAUGAACGAGGUGGUAGAUGAGCUUGGGGUCCGCAUGAGUGAUGCGGAGGCGGCUCUCGUGCAGCAGCGAGAGGACCGAAAGAGGCACAUCGAGGCCACUCUGGGCCCAAUCCGUGACGAGUCGCAGCGGCUCUUCGAUGCUCUGGCAGCCGAGACCCGCGAAAGGCAACUGCAGGAUCAAAGACGGGAGAAGAUCCUGGAGGAUGAGGUUCUGGACAUCAACAAGCUCAUAGAUGAAGAAAAGUUUGAGCGGGAGCAGCAGCUGAUGACAUACGAGAGGUGGGCAGAUGCGAUGCAGCAGCAGAUCGCAAAGAGCCAGUAUCAGCUGGAGAAACAAGUUCGGGACGUGACGAAAGAUAUUCGAACCGAGCAUCAGUCUCAAGCCAAGAGCCGCGUGGAAACGCAACAUGCAAUCGUGGACAGCAUUGCAUCCUUCAUACACAAGUACCGUGAGCAGCUUGACAAAGAUGUUGCCUUGCAAAAUGUUUACAAGGCCUUGCUAAAGUAA